AUGCUGACAGCGCUCGGGACGGUCAAUACCAGCAAAGGCGAUGAUGGCUCGAAGAAGGAUGAGGACAAUAAGGAAACUGAGGACCAGGAAACUGAGGACAAGGAAACGGUCGCAGAAGCUCCUGAGGUGGCAGCAGCAGCUGCAGAAUGUGAGGAUGUGGAAGAGCAUGGCGAAGAAGAACUUGCUGAGGAGGAUGUUGAAGCCCAAGACGUUGAUUAGAUGUCUCACCGCAGA